ACUCUCGUAUCGUCUGCUGUUCUAGCUUUGAAAAUAUUUCUCUAUUAUUAGCGUCUCAUUUUCGAGUGAUGUUUAACAAAUUUCCUCAUACAGUUUAGCAACAAUUCGAUAAUACACAGAGAGAAAAGUUGUGUAUUCAAAUUCUAGCAAGUUUAGUAUACAACAAUAUCGUUACUUACAGUAGGCUAGUUUUCAAUGAUUCUAGCUUGUGAACGGAACGAGAAUGUUGAGGAUUGCAGCCUUAAACGAAGAGUUGUCUGAAGAAAGUUCUGGUGUUGAUGAACCUGUUCUACCAACAAAAGAAGUCGAAGAAGCUGAUUCGUUGAACUUGUACAAAGAAGCUCUAGAUCUGAGACAGAAAAAUGAGUUUGAUGCUGCUCUCAAACUCUUCCAUCACACACUUGCCUUACCUUGUAUUGAAAAUGCCUUGUUGGAUGAAAAAGAAGAAAAAGAUAAUAGAGACAUAGGCACCUUGUCUUCCUGUCUCCAAAUUAAAUAUGCUUGUUUGAAAAACAUUGGAGCUUUGUGUGCUUCCAAAGGAAAUUUUGAUGAAGCACUUGAGGCAUAUCUUGAGGCUGUGGAAGUUGAUCCCCUUGAUGUAACUGUUUGGCACAGCAUUGGAAAAAUUUCUAUGAGUUUAAAGAACUUUCAGCUUGCAAGACAUGCUUUUCUUCAGGGGUUACAGUGCAGUCCCAACCAUUGGCCUUGCCUGGAUGGAAUUAUCAGCGUUUUGUAUGGGCUAGGUGAUGAUGUUUUGUGCCUUCACUACAUCAAUAUAGCCCUUGGAAAAGACCCUUUCUACACCAGAGGUCUUAUUUUCCGAGAUUUUAUUUUUGAAAUCUCUCCUUCGUUGAAAAUUGACCUUAAACAAAUAUUCAACGAAAAAUGGAUCCAUUUGUUUGAAAAUUACCCAUACAGUGAAGAAGAAAAACAGGAAUGUCUGAAUGAAGCACAGCAGCUUCGUGAGGAAGUUGGCGGUCUAUACACGGAAUUGAUUUUACCAAGCAUUCCGUUAGCGAAGAAGAUUGAAUCGUUAUCAUGGAUUGCUGUUGGAGAGAGCUUACUGGCUACUUACAGAAGUAUGUCGGAAAGCAGCGACCCUCUGAAAAUGAGUUGUUCUGUACAACUUGAAUUAUCAAAAGACAAAGAAGACAUUGCUAAAUUCUCGGUUGAUCCUUCCACAUCGGCUUCAUCAAAUAAUAUCGAAAUGAUGGAACAUGGCGAUGGUCUGCCGGAGCAUCAGCUGACAGCGGAAACCCCAGCUGGGAAAGAAUGUUUUAGUGUUGAUGAAGCGUCCGAUAAAAAAGAGUCACCAAGAAAAAUUUCAGCGAGUGAAGAAACAGUUAAGUCUGAUGUCGAAACUCAUGUGGAUCCACCUUUAAAAGCAGAAGCAAUCAAAUCAGAAAGCAGGAAAAGAAAACGAUCGGUAGAGAAUGGAAUUUCUGUAUCUGAAAAAGAAAUUCAGCGGCGAUCUACUCGUUCUAGAGCUUAUGCUCAGCAAGUAGAAGAAGAUAUUUACAGCCUUCGAGCGGAGUUGCGUAGUUUCUUGCCUACUUGUCUGCUUCUAGAUGAGAACUUUGAUGCUACGAAAGAAACAAAGGCAGAUGAUACAGGUUACCCAGCGGUCAAUGAUCAUUGUCAUCUUCUUGAAGAUAUCCCAAUUUCUGAAGAACAGCAAAGUGUAACAACAUUUCUGGAAAAGUCUCAAAAAUCGAAAAGUAGAAUAACGGAUUUGCUUGCGGAAUUUUGCAAAUGUGUUACACAACUAAGUGGUUUUAGGUGGACCAAUAAACUAAGUAACUUAUUUAAAGAUGCAUAUAAGAUUGUUCGGAGUGUUUUCCAUGUCUCCGACAUAUUCCAGCCUGAAGAAAAAUCGAAUGAAUUUGGUCUCGAAAUGUUGAUCCACGCUGAGAUCUUUGUAUCUAGCCAGAAGAACGAUACAGGCCUGCCAAUUCCUUCAUGGUUUAUCGAGGAUCUAAUGUAUUUGUUUCAAUGGUCUGAUCCUAUUGAUACGCAGUCAACACUUUCCAACCACUUUCGGGCCAGAGUAUUCUGGCUUCAUUGCAAUUGGCAUUUUCAAAAUGGUCGUAUAGAAGUCGCUUCAAAUUAUUUACAAAUGGUAAAUUAUUGCUUUAUGCCAAAUAAUGUUGAAGAUUCGCAAUCAAGUAUUGUUCGGCCCAUCGUUACUCACUCCAUUGAUAAACCGUUCGUUUUGAAUUUGUCCGAUAUUAAUGAAAUGGAGGAAGUUCUUGUUCGAACCAUGCAACUUGAAGACAUUAUCAUAUUGCACCAAAAGAAGAAGUAUAAACAGCUUGUUAGUAUUUUGAAAGCGACAUUUGUCAUUCCAGGAUCGAAAACCAGCAAUCAUAAGUACCGGGUUCCGGUUGAUCGACCCACUCAAAUAAAUAUGUUGUUGGAAGGAUUAACCGCUCUCGAAGAUUUUGACGAUUACCUUGUCUGGAGUGAGAAGUCUUUGGACGAAUCAACUAAUCAAUAUCUAGAGGCCUACAAUCGUAAAAGUAAUGAAGAAGCCAUUGCCAGCGAUCAGUCUGUAGGAGUUCAAGCGGCCUCAGAUUGGUCAAAAGUUAUUGAGAAAAUUUCGACUGAAAUCGAAGAAAUCCUUCACUUUAAACGGACAUCGUUAAAUGUACUUAAUCGACGAGCAUUGGUUCGAUUUGCUGAAAACCUAGUCCUCAUAUGCUCUCACCAACUUGAGGCUCCAGACGCUUCCUCCAAAAUGCCAUUGGGAUCUCCAAUAUUUUGGGUUCUUUUACACCGAGUCAUUGAAUUUGAAGAAAACCGCAUCACAUUAGCUAAGAAAAACGUCGAAAAUGCUCUGCAAGACGAAUCAGACGAAGUAGGUGAUGAGGCGCUUCCAUGCUCAAUCCUUUUUCUCAUAUCAGCCCAUGAUCUACUUGGAAAGCACUCAUGGUGUAUGCUCGAUAAUGGUGUUUUCGUUCUUUAUCUUUUUGAGGUUUUAAUGCGGAAACGUCGGGGAACUCAUGAUUACGAAGAUCGCGAAGAACUAGGAAGGGCUAUUGAACAAGCCUCUUUUUGUGCGCUAGGUUACCCGACAACCAAAAAAUCAAAAAGUAGAUCUCUGACAGAUCACUCUGUAACUGCUGUUUCUUUCACUUGGAAUCGAGUUUUGCUAUUGGCGGAAUUUUUCCUCCCGAUUAGACAAGAUCUUCCGGAGUUUGACACAGUUAAACCGACUUCAACUGCCGAACAAGAGAUGUUGCUCCAGAAAGUUUCUAGCUUAAUUCCACCAGAGAUGGAUCCUCGAAACAGACUAGAAGACAUCCAAAGCUUCAUCCAAGGGCAAAGAUCAGACAUUCCGGAAUAUUUAAACCACAGUUGUGUGCCCAGUGAAGUUGAAAAUGUUUUCUACCUACUAGGAGAUUAUUAUUUCAAAAACAAAGACUGGACAAAGGCUAUCGAAAAUUACAUUCUGGAUUUGGCCUUAGUACCCGAUCGUUUUGAUUCUUGGGCUGCUGUCGCCUUGGCAAUAGGAAGUAGAUUAGAAACUAAGCUGAACUCUUGUGAACGCCUAAAGAACCUUGGGACUUUUCUCGAUCGAGCUGAAGCUGCUUUGCGUUGUUUUCGGCGUGCCCUUGUCCUCCGUCCUUUACAAACUACCCUGUGGAUCGAACAAGGUUCUACUGCGUACAUGCUGCAUUCUUUCUGUUCACAGUUGCUUCGUAACGAAACCGAUUCCCUUAGCAUUGAGAUGUUUGAACGGCUUGAAAAGGAAAAAGAUCGCAUGCUUAAUAUCGCCCACGACUGUUUUGUUGCUGCCGACAAAGCAUCAUUGGCUGGAAUGAAAAAAGGAAAUGGAGACGAUCAAGACGAACGUUGGCUGCAUCACUAUAUGCUCGGAAAAGUUGCCGAAAAGCGAUCGAAACCUUUCGUUGAACUUAUUGAGCACUAUCAGCGCGCUGCUAAAUUGUUAGAGGAAUCUUCUGCUACUUAUCCAAAACGCAUUCCUUACAACACCUCUCCGCACCUCAGCGUAGAAGCUCUAGAAAUUCAUUACCGCAUACAUAGCCACUGUUUAAAGACGUUGAUGAGUUUAGAAGGACGACCGCAAGAUAUUACUGCAUACUUUGAAAUUUCGAAACAACUACAAACUGUUUCCAAUGGAGCGUUUGCUCUUGGUGGUCGCAAAGUUUCAAUUGAGCAAAAAGAAGACAUUUUUGAAAAAGAAACGAAAAAGCGCAAAGCAUCAAAACACGAAGAAGAAAAGCCAACCAAGAAAACGAAUGUUGAUACAGUCCCAGAAGUUAAACUAGAAGGCCGAGCAGCUACAAUUCAUGAUGUUACUAUUAUUCUCAACGAAAUCCUUGAAAAGGCUGUAGGAAUUGCUAAACCUUGUAAUUUUAUCAUGAACGAAGAUGGGAUGAUAAAACUACCUACGGAAACUGUGGAAGAGGAAUUCACUGCCGCAUCAUCUCCAACGGUUUCUGGAAUGGAACAAAUUAAAGAAAUGGAUUCAGAGCCACCUAAAGCAUCAAAUAGUGAACUACUUUUAAAUCCAAGCUCUUCUGCGUCUUCUACCUCUGAUUCUAGUAGUUCAGACUCCGAUAGUGAAUCAAGUUCAACAUUAGAUUCAUCCGACGAGAAAAAAGAGAAAACAGUGGAUUCCAAAAAGAUUGCGGCAAGUGCACACGGAGGUGAACCAGUCCCUGACUUGCAAGCAAUGGUGGACAUGUGUUUAGUAGCUAUUAAAGAAUGUGUUGGACGAUUUCCACAUUUCUAUAAAGGACUUUACAGAUUGGCUCACUACUUUUAUCAUUCCAAAGUGAACCGAAACAUCGAUGCAUGUCGAGAGUUACUCUUUGGUCGUCCACUCUCAGCUUCUAUUGUACAGCUCCAACAGCAGCAAGGCGCCGUGCAAAUCAGAUACCUUCCGACCGGAGUUGCAGGAUUGUUUACGGAAUGGAGGUCAAACAAUUUUUUUCAUGGAAUUUGGCGAAUUCCAAUUAACGAAAUCGAUCGCCCUGGAUGCUUUGCUUCACACAUGGGACGCAGUGCAGCCCUGCUUUUGGAUGUUUUACGUGAGACGCGAGAUCAUCGUUUGCUAAUGGAGCUUGCCUUAGCCCUUCAACCUGAGCCUGAGCCAGACAAGAAGUAUUUAUUCGAUUCAGAAAGGGAGCAGCAGGCUAGCCUUGCUUUGAGUUUGAUGGUGCAAGUCUUGCGCAGUCGUUUGCAGGAGAUUAAAGAUUCCUCGAACGCCGUUUCAUCGGAACAUUCUUCUCCCCAGCAGGGAUCUCCAAGCUCGUCGAAGAAAUUAUCUUUGUUGAUGGACACAUUUCGUGCUUAUGAUCGUAUUGAACGUAAUCUUCCCGGUCAAGAGACAGUUUUUGGAGCGUUGCUUAUUGACGGAUUUAAAAUCUAUCGGGGCCCCAAAGAUCACAAUGAGAGCGAUGCAAAUUUAAUGGAGCAAGCAUUGACAUUCUGCAGAAACAAACAGGCGCAAUCCAGAGCCAGAGUUGGUGGAGUUCGAGGAGGGUUAGCAUCUUCUCUCGGCGUUGUAUCAACACGAGGAAAACGUGCCUACGUUUCUAACCGAAGAGGCAGACCUCCCGGAGCAAGCAGGCCUACUCCCGUGAGAGAUAUUUUAAAUGCUGGAAGUUUGCCCGUUCAGACUCCAUCUAGCUCAUCAUCCGGACAAAAUAAUGCAAAUGUCAUGCAAGAAGCCAUGAAACUCCUACAAUCUGCUGGAGGAUCUGUAAACAAUUUACCUCAACAUCUGAAGAACAUUCCUGGAAUUUCAAAUUUAUUAGCAAUGUUUUCUAAUCCGACCGGGGAAAAACCGCCGACUGAUGCUCCCGCUCCAGCUCCCGCCCCACUUCCCGCUGUUCCCGUUGCUCGCAGCACGUCAAAGAAAGAUGCGCCUACUCCGAAGGCUGUUGCGCCAACUCUUGUUAGUUCUGCUGUUUCAAGUGCGUCUCAACCAAUACCGCAAACCUCGAGUAUGUCUAUGUCUAAUCCUCUAUUGCAAACCUUGGCAUCAAUGGGCGGAACAUCAGUGAGCGGAACACCUACAUCGGCGAGUUUAGCUGGUCUUGGAAUGAUGGAUCCAGCACUUUUAGCCAUGCUAUCCAAUCCUUAUCUUAAUCCGAUGAGUAUGUUCGGGAUUGGAGGACCAAUGGGAGCUGUAGAUGCAUCAUCGAUGUCCAAAAUGCAGCAAGAUUAUCAACAACAAUUGUCAAAUUGGAUGCAGACGGCUCUAGCUCAGUCUUACGUUAUGUCGAAUCUAACCCCACCUUACUUCCCUUCAGCGCAGAGGGGUCGUGGCCGUGGGAUCCGCAAAUCAUCGUCUAAUCGCCCAAGUGCAAAAAUGAGCUCCACUACAACGGAAAGCUUCAAAUCCACUACGAGUGCGGCCAGUGAGGCUUCUUUUGGAGUGACUAAUCCGAUAAAAGCGUCUACUUCAGAUGGUGGUUCCCGAAACAAACCGCUGGAUUUUAUGAGGCGGAGUGAUUCCACUGAGGGAAGCAAAUCAACUGGAAAGAGUAACGAAAAUCGUGCUGGUUUAACUGCAAAGUUUCCAAAUGACUUCAAGCUCCCGCCACCACUGUUUGAAAGUUCAAUGAUGAGACCACCAACCCAUCAGGAUGCUGGAGUGAAGCACAAAUCUGUACCUUCUACCGAAAGUAGCAAAAAGAAAUCGCUUGCGCCGCCUUCAUCGCACCCUACUGGCAAACCCCACAAACGGGCAAUAACAACUCCAACAGUAGAUGUUAGUAAGUUGAUUGCUGGAUUUUCUCAAGCCUUUGAUGUGGGGCGUAUUGGAAAAUCGGAGGGUAAAGCAAACGACAAUGUACCGUCGGCUCGUGGAAAAACCCCCAGGGAUUUGCAUAGCGCACCUUACUCGUCCAAACAAUCUAGCAAGUCUGUUGGAUCAAAAGAUUUACCUGUCUCUCCAUUCCCGAUCAGUUUAGGUCGGGACAUUACCGUAACAGCUACGACUGCAUCUUCGAAACCUAUUGUUUCUCAUUCUUCGUUUCUCUCCUCUACAUCGUCAACUGGUAGAAUAAAACAGUCACAAUUUUCGCAGCCACAAUCAUCUCAUAGCAAUGCAGGCUAUUCAGGAAUGGCCUCGACUUCUCUACAGUUUUCGCAUGGGGGAAACAGCGGAAGACCUGAUCCCCAUAACAUUGCCUUUUCCGUGCUACAAAACCUUCCGUCGUCAAUGUCGCUUUUAGUGAAACCGAAUACUGCUUCGCAUCCGAAACAUGCCAAUAAAGAGCAAUCGGGGCCGAUGGAUUUGGUUGUUAAUAAGUCGAGUCAACACUCAAGUAAUCAGAUGGCUUCUUUGCCUAAGCUGACACCAGCCCCUAAACUUCAAGGAAGCAAAAAAGCAACUCAAGGAAGUUCGUCGCAAGCUCCACCUCUUUCCUUCAAAGCUGUAUCAUCAGCGUCGCCAGUUCCCCCAUUCCUUCCGAAUCUAGGUGCUCCUUCGCACUCACCCCAGAUUGCAGUACCGCGCAAUCCGUCCAAUCAGAAACCAACAAAAGCAAAGACAUUUGAAAAGGACUCAGGCGAUGAUUCAGACGUGGUAGUUCUUGAUUAAUAUAUUUUCUAUUCUCAUUUUUGUACGGUAACACAUUUGCGUGAAACACAUUCGUCGAAUAUAAUGUUGUUAAUACACAUGUGUACACAUAAUUGGAAUAUUUAUCCUAUUGUCCACUGUACACAUAUGCUGUAGCGACAUAUUUUAAAAAAUUUAUGUCAUGAAUGUUUGUUUCUAAGAAAAACAACGUCAUCUGAACUUGGAAAUAAAACGUCAUAUUUCAAUGUUGUAGAAAUCUUGUUUGAGUCAAAUUUGUAUGAAUGUGAAUCAAGGAAAUAUUGAUUCGCCAUAUAAUAAAGGUCGAAUAAUAUCGAAUAAAAUAAUGCCGAUAUCAA